CGUCGGACGGAGGGUGUUGUUCGCAGUGCACCAAUCUUGAACAAGAAAUAAUCGACUAUCCGAAUAGCGUCCAGCGGAGACCACUGGCACCAUGCUCUUCUCAGUUCCACUCAUCCUGACCAUUGUCUCGGGUGCCCUCGCUGGCCCAUAUGGACCCCCAAGGCAUUGCCUAACUCCGACAGCUGUCAACACUCUUGUCGACGGCUAUACUUAUCUCUUGGAGAAGCCCCUCGGUCCAGACUUCAACAGCACCGCCAACAAAAUCUUGUCCGACAAGUUCCAAGUGCGAUCUGACUCCAUCCUGACACUGUCUCAGCGACCGCUGGGUCAACCGGCCUACCCAAGCAAGCAGGCAUACAUCGACAGCCAGGCCCAGACUCCCCCGCUACCUAAUGUGGAGACCCUGGGUGUGUUCAACAGCUGUGACAAGAUCAGCUGGCGGUGGAGGGCCACGGGAGUCGGCAGCGACCAAUUUGAGAUAAAUGGCAUAAUCAACUUUGACACCAACCCUGACACCGUUCAGAUCGACACCGUCUACUCCGAGUUCAACACGGCCGCGUUCCAGGCUGACUUGGGCUUCCCUGAGUGCCAGCAAUCUUCAGCGCCCGUUGCUAGUACAGGGUCUCCGAGCUGUGGAUCUUGCGAGUCCUAG